GGCGGAGGGGCGGCGUCAGCCCUCUGCCGACAGAUCGCCGAAAGAGGCAGGGAGAGGCGGAGAAAGAGAGGAAAACAUCCCCGCCGACCCGCUCCCGCCAUACUUCCCCCACUCCUCCACCGUAGAGCCAUCAUCACCGGCAGGCUGCAGCGCGGCUCCGUUUGUCCUCACCGGAUCUACACCCAGCUCCACCUGUUCACGACCACCGUCUCUCUGCUGCGAGGAGACGGAACUUUUUCCGCGCCGGGGUUUCUACUUUUGAUUGACAGCAGUCUGACAGGAUUUUGACGUUAUCACGAUUUUUAACAAAGAUAUUCUCCGUAGUUUAGAAUUUUUAGUGUUACCGGACUUGUUUUUCCCUUUUUUUUUCCUUUUCUUUUGGACUUUAUGAAUUCUUCCGCCAUGCAUAAGCUGUACAUCGGGAAUCUAAGCGACGGCGUGACCGCCGAGGACCUGGGGAGGACCUUCGACGAGCACAAGAUCCCCUACACCGGACAGUUCCUCAUGAAGAACGGCUACGCCUUCGUGGACUGUCCCGACGACCAGUGGGCCAUGAAAGCGAUCGAGACCUUCUCCGGUAAAGUGGAACUUCAAGGGAAACGUAUCGAGGUGGAGCACUCCGUCCCCAAGAAGCAAAGGACCAGGAAACUGCAGAUCCGAAACAUCCCGCCUCACCUGCAGUGGGAGGUGCUGGACGGUCUGCUGGCUCAGUGUGGGACCGUAGAAAACUGUGAACAAGUCAACACGGACGGCGAGACGGCGGUGGUUAACGUGACAUAUGCAACCAGAGAGCACGCCCGGCAAGCCAUCCAGAAGCUGAACGGGUACCAGUUUGAGAACAACGCCCUGCGGAUCACCUACAUCCCCGACGAAACCUCAGAGGCGGACGGGGGCCAGCGGGGGCCCGACAACGGCCGGCGGCCCGGCUACGGCCCCCGCGGCAGCCUGCGCGGCAGCUCCCCCAGCUCAGGGAUGCCCCCCAAAACGCCGCACGCCGACAUCCCCCUCAGACUGCUGGUGCCCACGCAGUACGUGGGGGCCAUCAUCGGCAAGGAGGGGGCCACCAUUCGCAACAUCACCAAGCAGACGCAGAGCAAGAUCGACGUUCACCGCAAAGAGAACGCCGGCGCCGCCGAGAAGCCCAUCAGCAUCCACUCCACCCCCGAGGGCUGCUCCGCCGCCUGCCGCAUGAUCCUGGACAUCAUGCACCAGGAAGCCAAAGACACCAAAACAGCCGACGAGGUUCCGCUCAAGAUUCUGGCCCACAACAACUUCGUGGGUCGCCUCAUCGGGAAGGAAGGACGCAACCUGAAAAAAGUGGAGCAGGACACGGACACCAAGAUCACCAUCUCCCCGCUCCAGGACCUGACGCUGUACAACCCGGAGAGGACCAUCACGGUGAAAGGCUCCAUCGAGGACUGCUGCCGGGCCGAGGUGGAGGUCAUGAAGAAGGUCAGAGAGGCCUACGAGAACGACAUCGCCGCCAUGAACCAGACUCACCUGAUCCCCGGACUCAACCUGGGCGCCCUGGGCCUCUUCCCCUCCUCCUCCAACAUGCCCCCCCCACCCCCUGGAAACGCCGGCAGUGGAGCCCCCUACGGAUGCUUCGGGGCCCCGGAGCAGGAGACCGUCCACGUGUACAUCCCAGCUCAGGCCGUGGGCGCCAUCAUCGGGAAGAAAGGGCAACACAUCAAACAGCUGAGCCGCUUCGCUGGAGCCUCCAUCAAGAUCGCGCCGGCGGAGAGUCCGGACUCAAAGAUGAGGAUGGUGAUCGUGACGGGACCCCCUGAGGCUCAGUUUAAGGCCCAGGGCCGAAUCUACGGAAAACUCAAGGAGGAGAACUUCUUUGGGCCCAAAGAGGAGGUGAAGCUGGAGACCCACAUCAAGAUGGCCGCUGCAGCAGCUGGGAGGGUCAUCGGAAAAGGAGGCAAGACGGUGAACGAGCUGCAGAACCUGACGGCGGCGGAGGUGGUGGUGCCCAGAGAGCAGACGCCCGAUGAGAAUGACCAGGUCAUCGUCAAGAUCAACGGACAUUUCUAUGCAAGCCAGCUGGCCCAGAGGAAGAUCCGGGACAUCCUGACACAGGUUAAACAGGCACAGAAGGGGGGGAUGGGGGGCAUGAGCCCCGGCCCCCACCCUCAGGGCUUCACAGAGAUGGGCAGCCCCCAGGGCCUGGCUCAGGACCACCAGCCACGCCGGAAGUGAGGGCCCCGAGCGUCCCGACAUGCUGAGGCCCCCCCCCCCCUGCCUGACGGACACAUGCACGGA